GUGUGCGUGGCGGCAGGGGCGCUCGCCUUCUGCGCCGUGACCUCGGGCGACAGGGACGGCGACGUGAGGCGCCGGUCGACGAGGCGGCCAGGCGCCGUGGAGGCCAAGAGCGAGCAGAAGGCCCAGCCGAGCGGAGGCGCCCGCGCGGAGCGGGCCGCGCACUCGGCGGGGGCCAACGGGACCACGGCCACGGCCGGGGCCGCGGCCGCCGCCGAGAGCGCGGGCGCCGGGGCGGACGGGCGGAGGCCCCCCGCGGGCGGAGGCGCGCGGGCAGACAGGGCCGCGCACGCGGCCGGGGCCAAGCAGGCCAGGGAUGCGCCCAGGGCCAGGUCCAGCAGGACCACGGCCACGACCACGGCCAACGGGACCACGACCACGGCCAACGGGACCACGACCACGGCCCACAAGACCACGGCCACGGCCCACGUGACCACGGCCACGGCCAACGGGACCACGGCCAGCAGGAGCACGACCACGGCUAGGGCCACGACCACCGCCAGGGCCGCGACCACGGCCACGGUCACGGCCACGACCACGGCCGCGGCCGCCGCCACGACCGCCGCCAACGGCGCGGAGGCGGCGCGGCCCGCUGGUCAGGCGGGCGCGCUGGGCUCCAUCGCGGUCAAGUUCGGCUGCGACGCCCCCUCCUCCUGCGACUGGGCGGACGCGAAGAGCUGCCACACGGACGCGGACGACGGCUCCCCCUGCUGGCUCAUGUGCUGCGCCCAGAUCACCAAGCCGUGCACGGUGACCGAGCAGCAGCGGGGGAAGAUCCAGGACAUGAUCGACAACGAGUGGCUGAGCUCGGUCAUCGAGAGAAGGAUGCUGCUGGACGGGCCAGUGCCAGACACCUUCAAGCCUUGCGAGCUUGCCGCGGUCGCCGGAGGCGCCAGCGGCAGCGACCCUGGGGCAGUGCAGCGGACGGAGGGCAAGGACGAGUUCGGAGACGAGGACGAGCCAGGGGUGCAGUGCGACGACUGCUCCUGGAGCCACACCCCAGGAGCUUGUCUCCCACAGCACGCCGACGGCAGCGCCUGCUGGGAGAUCUGCUGCACCAUGGCCCGGUCUAUGCUGCGCGUCUCGGUCACGAGCACCCCGCUGGGACGGCCACCGCUGGUGCUGCCUUCUCAGUUAGGCUCCCACAUGGUGCUUCCGGCAGGCGUUUCGUUCAAGAUCUUUGGCUGGGCGAAUCCCGACUACGGCUCGGUGGUCGUCAAGCUCGGGGGCGAGGAGCACUACACCGACCCAGAUUUCAUGAGUUGGUAUCCACAGCGCUUUGCCGCACCACGUCUGGUUGACGGGGGGCAGGCGGAUUUUGAAGUGAUGCUCCCGCCCGCCGACGUCUCGGCGACGCCUAUCGACAUCGUCGUGAGCACGGAUGCAGACUCAAUUACCUUGACCGACGUGGUUUUCGGUGAGCUCUACAUGUGCGUGGGUGCCAGCAACGUCGACUUCCGGCUCGACUGGACGACGGACGCCAAGAAGGCGCUCGGGGCUGCCAAGAAGUCCGGCGACCACGUGCGCAUCAUCAAGGUCAAGAAGCAGGAGGCCGCGGAGCCGAACAAGAACCUGAAGGCGCAGUUCGAGUGGCAGCGGGCCGGGAACGACAACAACACGGCCGAGUUCAGCUCCUUGUGCUACUUCUUCGGCCUGGAGCAGCUCAGCCGCCGGCCGGACACGCCCGUCGGCCUGAUCCAGGCCAGCUGGGGCGCCACGGCCUCCUGGCAGUGGGCCCCGCGCCAGGCGCUCAUCGACUGCGAGUGCACGGUGGACGAGCACGCCGGGCACGGGGAGUUCUGGGAGCCCAAGUCCUCCUCCGUGCUCUGGAACGGGAUGAUGCACCCCUGGACGGCACUCGCCGUGAAGGGCCUGGUCCUCAACCUGCAGGGGGACAGGUGCAUCCUGCCGUUCAUGGUCCGGUACUGGCGCCAGGCCUGGAUUGACCAGGGCAACGACGGCCCGGCCGUGGUCGUGGCCCAGUUCGGCUGCAACACCGGCGCCAGGGGCGACCCGGCAGAGAUCGACGAUGCCCGCCUGGACCAGAUGCACUUCCUGGACCGCACGGCGCUCGCCGUGACGUCGGACUUCUGCGACCCGGCGUCUCCCUACGCCAUCAUGCACUCGCCGUUCAAGCGGGAGGAGGCCGCGAGGCUGGCCGAGGCGGUGGAGUCCAUCACCCAGGGCGGCACGGACCUCCCGGCGGCCUUCCCGGUGCCCAUCGCCGUGUACGCCGACCCCUGGGACGAGAGCUGGGGCGGCCCCUGCCCCGAGGCAGGCGCGUGCGGCGCCCACAGCUGGGGCAUCCGGGUGGAGUUCGACCAGGACCAGGGAUCUCAGCAUAAAGCCAGAAUUCCAGACUCUCCACGAGAAGUUCCCCCACAUCAACGGCUUCAUGCUGUACCCCGCGGUCGAGUCGAAGGGCUGGAACGUCCCGACGAAGCUGGCAGUGACGGAGGUCCGGGGCAACGUCCUCGUGCUGAACACGACGCUCUUCACGUCCCAGCUCGAGACGGAGGAUCCAUGGCCCGGCACCCUCGUCUACGGGCAGGGCGCCUUUCCCGUCCUGCCGCUGACCAACUGGGCGGGCCAGCCGGUGGGCUCCUUCAAGGUGGACGUGCCACAGGAUCGGGGCCCCACAAGCCGGGCCCGUUCAGCCUGUUCUCCCGCAGCGACUGGGCCCCGGGCAACUCGUGGUAG